AAAUAAGACAAAAAACAAGUCACUGUCAAAUUUAGAUUGGGUGAAGUGUUUUUUAAAGGAGGAAUCUUUCCUGCUUAUCGCAAACCCGUAGCAAAGGUUAUAUUCAAUAGAUUUAAUGGGAAGUAAAGUGAAAUUAAGCAAUAUAAAGCCGGUCGUAAAAUCAUAUGCGUGAAUGCCCGUUUGGCCGUGACAGUGAGUGGUUUAAAUUCUGAACAUGGCAGCCGAAUUCAGCGUUGAGCAGCUUCCGAGCCCAUUGCUGCCGCUCGGAGAAGGUCCCGUUUGGGACGUCGACACCCAAAGUCUUUUCUACUGCGACAUCAGGGGAGCAGCGAUUUUACGCUAUGACUAUGCCGAAAACAAAACCUACAGUGCCACAAUUGAUGGAGUAUCUCCUGUAUCGCCCAUCAUUCUUGUCAAGGGGAAACCGGAUCAGUUCGUGCUUGGAACUGGUAACACUUUGGUUUUGGUUCGGUGGGAUGGAUGUUCGGAAAAAGCUACCUUACUGAAAACCGUAGGUGAUUUGGGCGAAUGCGAAAAGCAUGUUCGCUUCAACGACGGCAAAGUCGACCCCAAGGGGCGUCUCUAUGUCGGAACCAUGCGCAUCGAAGCGUUGGGCGAUGUCCUCGAUCAAACCGAAGGAAAGUUCUACCGAUUCGAGGGGAAAGUUGGUGGCAAGUUCUUCGAACUGAAGAGGAACGUAACUGUUUCCAAUGGUUUGACUUGGGUGGAGCAGACUGGUAAAUUUUACUAUGCAGACUCCGGUACACGGGAUAUCAAAGAGUAUGAUGUUCUGGAAAAUGGAGAUUUACAGAACGAAACCGUUCUGUACGAUUUGAAGGUGGACGGAAAGAAUCCGGACUUUGUUGCCGAUGGAAUGACCAGCGAUGCCGAAGGAAAUUUGUACGUAGCUACCUGGGGAGGUUCGAAGCUGCUGAAACUUAAUCCACGGACCAAAAAAAUUGAACUGGAAAUACCAAUUCCCGCCAAACAAGUAACGUCGGCUGCUUUCGGAGGACCGGACAUGGAUGAGUUGUUUGUGACCACUGCCCACACUAGCGACCAGGAUCCACCGGCCGGUGCAUUGUUCAAAGUUACUGGACUUGGCGUGAAGGGACCCGAAAUGUACAAAAUGAUACUUACUGAAUAAGUCAAACAGAUUCCUAUACCGAUGCGAGUGAACGUAUACGAUUUAUAAUUUUUUCGAAUUUGAAAAUAU